CCCGCUUAGGCCCCUCCCACACACGGCCCCUUUGUCUUUUUAUUGCACGCGCCCUCAGGUUCCUGUAGAGCCGGAAGCGGAUAGCGCGGAGCAAAAGUUUCGCUGUUGAGUGUGGGCUUCUAAGAAAGAACCACAUUGCCUGAGGGAAGAGGCCCAGAAGAGGAGGAAGAAAAAUGAAAGAGGACCCAGGAAUGGCGUUUUCUCAGGGACGAUUGACCUUCAAGGAUGUGGCCAUAGAAUUCUCUCAGGAGGAGUGGGAGUGUCUGGACCCCGCUCAGAGGGCCUUGUACAGGGACGUGAUGCUGGAGAACUACAGGAACCUGGUCUCUCUGGAUGUUUCUCCUACGCAUGUGAUCAAGAAAUUACAACCAAAGGAGUAUAGUAAUACAGGAGAAGUAUUCCAGGCAAUGAUGUUGGAAGGGCACAAAGGCCACGAAAUCAAAGAUUUUUGCUUCAGGGAAAUCCAGAAAAAUGUGCAUGACUUUGAGUGGCCGUGGAGAGACGAUGAAAUAAAUUACAGAGACAUGCCUGUAACCCGUAAAUGUAGCCUCACUGAUAGAAGAGAUCAAUCUGGUAUGAGGGAUGCAGGAAACAAGCCUGUUGUAAAUAGGCCUGGAUUAAGCUUUCAGGAUGAAUGGCAUGUGUUUCAUGCUGAAGGGAAAAUGUAUAAAUGUAAUCGAGUUGAUAAGCGUGUCAACACUGGUUCCUCAGUUUCACCACUUCAAGAAAUUUCUCCUAGUGUCCAAACCAACAUUUCUAAUAAACAUGGGCGUGAUUUUAUUCAGCCUUCGACACUAACACAUGAUGAGAAAUCACAUGGGGAAACACCUUACAAAAGUCAUGACUGUGGCAAAACCUUUAAUCAGGGUUCACACCUCAGCAUACAUCAGAUAAUUCAUACAGGAAAGAAACCAUAUAAAUGUCAUGUAUGUGAAAAGCUCUUCAGUCAAAAUUCACACCUUGCAAAUCACCAGAGAAUACACGCUGGACAGAAACCUUACAAAUGUAACGGGUGUGGCAAAGCCUUUAGUGUACGUUCAAGCCUAACGAACCAUCAGCUAAUCCAUACUGGAGAGAAACCUUACCAAUGUAGUGAAUGUGGCAAGGCUUUUUGCCAGAGUUCAAAACUGGUAAAACAUCACAGAAUUCAUAGCAGAGAGAAACCACACAAAUGUAAUGAGUGUGGUAAAGCUUUUAUCCAAAGUUCAAACCUGGUUGAGCAUCAGAAAAGUCAUGGAGAGAAACCAUAUAAAUGUAAAAGUAAAUGUAAAUGUAAAUGUAAAAGUCACUGGAGAGAAACCAUAUAAAUGUAU